AUUUUCUUUUUGCUCCUAAAAUUAAUAAGAGCAUAUACGAAAAAUAUCACAUUCAACAAACACAACUAAAAGUCCAAUACCAAAAUCAUGGCAUUAACAAACAUAUUUGAAAUGAGUAAGAACAAAAUAGAGAGCAGACUAGACGAAAUUGAAGACAACGAAGAAAAUCAGACGAGCAAGAGCAACAAUUUGGGAACUUCCGUUCCCGAAUCUAAAACGGGUGACCAAGAACCUAAGGUUGACGCCAAGGAAGACGAAGAUGGUGACUACGAGGAGGAGGAUGAAGACAAUGAUGAGGAAGAUGCUCAAGUGGACAGAAAAGGGAAAGGGAUUUUGAUAGAAGAGGAGGACAACGACAAGGAUGAUGUCGAUGAUUCGAAUGAUGGCGAUGAUGAUGAAUCAGAUGUUGAGAGCGAUUAGUUCGACGAUCCGUUGGCUGAGGUUGAUUCGGAAGAUAGAGGCUUCAUCGCCGUUGAUGAGAGGAGAAAGUGUAGAGGAAAUUCAUUUUGAAAUUGAAAUUCAUGGGUUUGAGAGUGAAAUUGAAAUACACUGUUUUUAUUCUU